AGAGACGACGGUGCUGCCCUCUGAACUACUAAAGGUCACUUGUUCUGGACAUCUCUAUUGGUGAUGUACAUUCCCUUUGAUAGUGCUGCGCUCUAUUGAAUUUUCAUGCAAAUAUUUUCCGGGACAUUUAGUCUUAUACACCUUACCACUCCUUAUUCUGCUGAAUAACGGACGUCAUAAAUGUAAUGUACCGUAAUGUUCCUUUGGCAAAUGAGAUUGUCAGUCACAAACAUAUGUGAGGAAAAUUGCAUAUUGAAAAUAAGAAAGAAAAUCCUGUUCCAUGAACCAUUGUAGAAUGCCUGUCAUAGAAUGUUACAAAAUAUUGGUGAAGGUUUUGCAGUAUAUUUUAUCAGUUCACAGAAGUGUAAAAGAUGUUCGUGAAAAUCACACUUGUCCUGAAAUCGGAGUGUUAUUUGUAACUGACAAGAAUGGACAUAAAGGUUCAGAAGUGACAGUUUUCUACAGAGGACAAUAUGACCAACUUCUUGAUGUUCGCUGUCUCAUUAAAGUGUUGAGAAAUGAUGUUAAUAUCAUUAACAAGUUGCAAUUAAAUGCAAAGGGUCCUUGUUUGUUGGCUUGUCAAGUUUUUGGCAACACAUGCAAGUUUUAUAGUUUUCAAUAUUGUUCUGAUGUGGGUUGGAAAUUCAGAACUGUGGAAGAAGAGUUAAAACAUGAAAAUAAAGAACCAAAUCCAUCAGUUUCAAUUUCUAUAUGUGUGAAUUUUCCUAUGAGUUUAUGUAAGAAUCUUCACAAUUAUCUUGUUUCUUUUUUGAAGAAAAGUCAAUUGAUGAUGCCAUAUUUGACAGUUGUUUCUAGAAUUAAUGAUUUAUUCUAUGAGAGAUCAGGAAUCCAGGGACUUCCUCAUGAAAGGAAUUGGAUUCAUAAUAUUACCAUGUAUUGUAGAACAUAUGGCAGUAUUGGUUUUCACUGUGCACCUGUUGUGCAGUGUAAGCAAGUGAACCUACAGCAGAGUACCUCUCAAUGCUCCAGUUUUUCUAUCAUAUACGGUGCUUCUUUAGGUGGAGACAUUGGAAGAAACCAUCACCUACAUGUGUUUUUUUUCUCGGAAGAAGGAGUGCCUCUUUUAGUUGACAAUGCUGAAUGGCACAGAGCUGUCUCACUUCCAGCUGCCUUGAAUGAUCAACUGGUCCUGCGUCCAGGGCCUUGUGCCCCAGAGCUGAGUGAUGUAUGUUACUGCGUGGACGAAGGGAGGCCCGAGGUUGAUUACUUUCUAUUGUUCAUGAUCAGAGAUGAGCAGCAUUUAGGACUCCUCCUUGCACAACACAGCUCUCAGUUGGCCUCCACCCUCACGGAGGCCCUUCAUCUGACAACAUCUGUAGUUACUAGCUAUGAAAGAGGUAAGGCAUGGAGCCACAUGAUUGCCUCAUCUCUGGGAGCAUUAAUACGUUUCAGCCAGAAUAACAAAUUGAGAAAUGAGUGCUUUUCUCUCAUGAAGGCAGCAGAUAGUAUGGAAUUAGAAGCAAAAUUAGAGCAAGAACUCAUUCACCACUUGUACUAACUUGUACAAUAGAAAGAAUAAUCUAACCAGUUCAUAAUUUCAUUUUCUUUUCAAUAUGAUUUCUAUCCACACCUACAUGUAUGUUGUGACUAUAGGAAUUUGUAUGAGUGUCAGUAUUUUGUAAUACAAAUAAUAAUAAUAAUAAUAAUAAUAAUAAUAAUAAUAAUAAUAAUAAUAAUAAUUAUUAUUAUUAUUAUUAUUAUUAUUAUUAUUAUUAUUAUUAUUAUUAUUAUUAUUAUAAACUAUGAGAGUGAAAUGAAAUGAUUAAAUAUGAAAAAUUAUUAUUCAUCUGUUCUAAAUUCCCUAAUUAAUUACUUGAAAGUUUUGUAAGGAAUGAACUUAAGAAAAUUAGGGCAUUUCAAUUUUAAAUUUUAUUUUUUUUCUCUGUAUUAAACAUCACUUACAUUUUUGCAAUUCAGUAUAAUCACGAAGUCCAACAUUAUUCAUUUGACACAUUGAUUGGUAACUGGAAGAAAAUAGUUUCAUAUAGCUGUAUUUGUCUAAAUUAAAAUAUAAUUAAGAUCUACUUCGAAGAUGAACACUAUCUAAUAAUGAAACAUCUUUUUGAAAUGGAAUUGUUAAUGAAAUGUAAUGUUAAUUAAUUACAAGUAGAUUUUAGUAAAAGUGUUCUGUUAAAGCUUGUUAGUCAUGUAAUAUGAAUUAAUAUUAAACCACAAUGAUCAUUUUCACAAUUUAUUUCAUAUAUUCUUUAUGACUCAAUAUUUAAAAUUUGUUUAACUGUUUUUAUCCUGCCAUAAUAUUUGUUGUGAAAUUGAAUUAAAAUUGUCAGUGAACAACUUCAGAGAGCAUAUGAGAGUUUUGGGAUCUUGGAACUGGAAUUGCUUCUCUCAUGGAACAACAAAAAUAUCAAUUUUGAUGUACAACAGGGAAUAUAUGAAAUUGUUAAUAAAUUAGACCG